GAAGAAAUCUGAAACAUUUUAAUCUGAAACUACACUUCUUCAUUUAGACUGCAUUUAGCAACAUGGAUAAGGCGAUCUGCUUUCUUCUUGUGGUUGUACUUGGAACCACUGAUCUGAUACAGUGCAUAAAUGAACUAUCGACUUGCCCACAAAACUACAUUUCUUCAGGAUCUGCAGAUGAUAUCUGUGAACCAUGCUGGAAACGAUUUGAAAGCAAAUGUUAUCGAAUGUCGCAAGAUACAAAAAGAUGGAUAUUUGCCAAAAAUUCUUGUAGUAUGCUUGGGGCAAAACUCGUUAUUAUAAAAAGCAAAGAAGAACAGAAUUUUUUGAGAACGCUAACAAAUCAGAACAUUUCAUGGAUUGGACUGAGCUCUCCCAAUAAGAAAAAUAUCUGGCAGUGGGUAGAUGGAUCUAAUGUCUCUUUAAGUUUUUGGAAAUAUGAUAACCCAACAAUCUCAUCUGGACAAAAACAAACAUGUGUACAAAUUACAGAAAAUGGAGAAUGGAGUACUGAAUCCUGUACAGAAUCACUUCAAUAUGUCUGUGAAAAAGAUGCCAAUGAAUGCCUUAAGAAUAAUACAUGUGCAAGGAAUGCAGAAUGUCACAACACCAUUGGAAGUUUUUCCUGCUAUUGCAAAAAUGGGUUUCAGACGCAGUCAGGGAGAGUUGCCUCAAUCAGUCCUCAAGAGAUUUGUCUAGAUGAAGAUGAAUGUAGUUCCAGUAUCUGUCCUGAAAAUGCAGAAUGUCACAACACCAUUGGAAGUUAUUACUGCACAUGCAAUUCUGGAUUUAAGAGACUCUCAGGGGCAGUUAACUUCACUGGUCAACAAGAAAAAUGUGAAGAUGAUGAUGAAUGCGGUGCAAGUAACACAUGUCCUUCUAAUGCAGAAUGUCACAAUACUGUUGGAAGUUAUUAUUGCAUAUGCAAACCUGGAUUUAAGAGUCUUUCAGGAGCAGUUAAAUUCACUGGUACACAUGAGAGCUGUGAGGAUGAUAAUGAAUGUUGGGGGAACAAUACAUGCCAAAGCAAUGCAGAAUGUCACAAUACCAUUGGAAGUUAUUAUUGCACAUGCAAACCAGGAUUUAUGAGCCUUUCAGGGGCAGUUAAUUUCACUGAUCCAAAAGAGAGAUGUGAAGAUAAUGAUGAAUGUAUUCCCAGCAAUACAUGCCCUAGCAAUGCAAAAUGUCAAAACACCAUUGGAAGUUAUUACUGCACGUGUAAACCUGGAUUUCACAGCGUUUCAGGAGCAGUUAACUUUACUGAUCAACAAGAGACAUGUGAAGAUGAUGAUGAAUGCAGUAUCAACAACACAUGCCCUAACAAUGCAGAAUGUCACAACACCAAUGGAAGUUAUUAUUGCACAUGUGAAUUUGGAUUUAAGAGUCUCUCAGGAGCAGUUACAUUCACUGGAUCACAAGAUAGAUGCGAAGAUGAUGAUGAAUGUGGUGCCAACAAUACAUGCCCUAACAAUGCAAAAUGUCACAACACCAACGGAAGUUAUUACUGCAUGUGUAAACCUGGAUUUAAGAGCCUAUCAGGAGCAGCAAACUUCACCGAUACACAACAGACAUGUAUAGAUGAUGAUGAAUGUGUCUUUGAUAAUACAUGUCCUAGUAAUGCUGAAUGUCACAAUACCAUUGGAAGUCAUUACUGCAUGUGCAGCCUUGGAUAUAGUAGUCUGUCAGGAGCAGUUAACUUCACAGAUACACAAGAAAGAUGUAAAGAUAAUGAUGAAUGCAUGGCAGAUAAUAUAUGCCCUAUCAAUGCACAAUGUCACAACACCAUUGGAAGUUAUUACUGCACAUGCAAACCUGGAUAUAAUAGUCUUUCAGGAAGAGUUAACUUCACUAGUUUACAAGACAGUUGUGAAGGACAACCAUGCCAUUGCUGCAAAGAACUUCAGAAUCCAAAUGCUUCACAGUGUCCUACUUCAAAUCUCACGUUAGUUAACAGUCAGAUGAAAGUUGACAGAAUAUUCACAGUUGGACUGAAUAAUGGAAGUGCCGAGACACAGAGAGAAGAACAGCAAAAAGAAAUAACAUCACUGCUACAGGAGGUGGAAAAAUCUGUUUUGGAUGAUGUAUUGAAUGCAUUGAAAUCAAAUGGAACACAGGGAGAAACAAUAUUCCAUAAUACAGAGGAAACAGUGAUUGUUGCCCGCUCUGUGCCAGUCAACAGCUCUGAGCUUAAUGAGACUCUGGUAAUAACAGCAGGAACUACCACUAUGUCUAUUAAAGCAAAAACUGUCAUUGAAGGGACUGAGCAAGGUGUUCUCCCUGUUGUUGUCUUGAUAUCAUUCCAUGGAUAUGACAUUGAAUCCAUUUUGUCUGGUGGUGCUGUGAAUGGCAAAGACAUGGGAAAUACUAUUUAUGAGAUAAACUCAAAAAUUAUUACUGCAACAACUUCAAGCAAAAACAAGAAUGGUCUCAGUCAUCCAAUUAUGUUUACAUUUCUUAAAAACAAGACUAAAGAGAAUGAAAUAGAAACAUCUACCUGCGUUUUCUGGAAAACUGAUGACAAGAACAGAAGCUACUGGUCUACUGACGGAUGUGAGCUUUCUAAACGAGGCAAUAGAACGCAUGUGACAUGUGAAUGUAACCAUUUAAGUACCUUUGCUGUCCUGCUGGCACAUACUGCUAUAAAUGAGAGACCACUAAACAUAAUUUCAGUUGUUGGACUUACGUUCUCAGUCAUCUGCUUGAUUCUUUCCAUCAUGACAUUUCGACUGUGUCAUUCUAUUCAAAAUGCAAGUACAACACUACUCCUCAACCUUUGUAUCUGUCUGCUUAUAGCAGAUGGUAUUUUCCUUUUUGGCAUCUCCCAGACCACAUAUAAGAUCCUCUGUAAAGUUAUCUCAGCUUUUCUACACUAUUCCCUCUUGGCCUCCUUCUCUUGGAUGUGUCUGGGUGCCUUGCAGCUCCAUCGUAUGGUACAAAACCUUAAGGCAGUCAAAGCCUUCCGAACCCAUGUGAUUCGAAGGAGAUAUAUGUAUCCUGUGGGCUAUGGGGCACCUGCUAUAAUUGUUGUGAUUUCUGCAGCAGUUUUUCCUCAAGGAUAUGGAACAGACAAAAUAUGCUGGCUGAGUCUGGACAGAGGCUUUCGAUGGAGUUUCAUAGGACCUGUAUGUUUUGUAAUCCUGGUGAACUUGAUUCUAUUUACCAUAACAAUUCACAUAUUGAGAGAGAAAUUUUCAACACUCAACAAAGAUGUUUCAACUAUCAAGAAUACAAAAAUGCUUCUUUUUAAGGCUACUGCUCAGUUCCUUGUUUUGGGGUGCACCUGGAUAUUUGGCAUCUUCCACUUUCGAGAAGAGACUCUUGUGAUGUCAUACCUUUUUACUAUACUGAAUAGCUUCCAUGGAGUAUUUAUGUUUCUGCUGUACUGUGCUGCCAAUAAGUUGGUCAUGGAUGAGUACAAGAUUUGGCUUCAAAGACUCUUCAAAAUCAAGAAAAAAGAAAGGGAAUUAGAUACCACAACUACCAUGACCACUGGCAUUACGACAGCAAUAACUUCAGCAUCAUUACCAUCCACUGAAGAUACCCAUACAUUGGAAUGGAUAAAAAUGAAACCAAAAACAGAAGACCAGGACAACUCUAAAAAUCUUUGAAAUAUAAAAAUAAAUAUCUGUCUGACUAUGUAUACAAAGCUACAGUUAAAUAAUAGUUAUAUGGCUUAUGUAUGGAUAUAGUAUUACCUGGUGGGUACUGAAAGUUCUAAUAAUUAUGACUAGUGCUUUAAUCUCAGUAAAAUGUGUCCAUCCAGUUAUCUGCAUUGCUUUACUUAUUAAAAUAAAAAAUAUAUUAUCUGUAUUGCAGGAAUAGUUAGUAUAUUUUCCUGUAACACUGUUUUGUGUGGAAAUUUAGAAAUAUAAUUCAGUUCCAGCAGCAACCAGACAGUGUUUCUUGUCAUGAUGUUAAUGGUAAUUUAUAUACUCAAUAAUUUGAUGUAAACUGAUUUUAUUUUAUAUAUUUCUGUGGAAUUAUUUCACUUUUACUGACUUAAAAUCUAAAAUUGUAGUCCUGUUCACAUAGUUUAACUGGUAAAGUCAGCAUAUUUCUUUGUCUCAGUUUUUUCAGCAAUUACUGAUAAGUAUACAAAGUUGAAAACAUAUACCCCAGGAUUCACUAACUUUUCGUGUAAGACUAAGUUAGUCUUACAGAGUAAGACGGCAAUGCACCAUGCAUAUUCAUGAGGGCACGUUGCCUCAACUCUAAGGCUAACACGGAGUGCGCACGAGUGCAGGGGGCAUGUUGGA